GGAAGAUGAACAAGAUGAAAAACUUCAAGAGGAGGUUCUCCCUCUCGGUGCCGCGCACGGAGACCAUCGAGGAGUCGCUGACGGAGUUCACUGAGCAGUUCAACCAGCUCAACAACCAGAGGAACGAAGAUGUGGCUCAGGGGCAGCUGCAGCUGGCACAGCUGGGCAGGGACGGGGCAGCGGGCGGGAGCCCCGCGUCCCCCCCGGAGGGGCAGCGCCGCUCCCCGGUGCCCGCCGUGCGCUACCGCAACCACGGCCAGCGCCGCUUCUCCAUGGAGGACGUCAGCAAGCGCCUCUCGCUGCCCAUGGACAUCCGGCUGCCCCCCGAGUUCCUGCAGAAGCUGCAGAUGGAGAGCCUGGAGCUCCCCAAGCCCCUGAGCAGGAUGUCCCGCCGUGCCUCCCUCUCCGAUAUUGGCUUUGGGAAGCUGGAAACCUACAUCAAACUGGACAAACUGGGAGAGGGCACCUACGCCACCGUGUUCAAGGGCCGCAGCAAACUGACGGAAAACCUGGUGGCGCUGAAGGAAAUCCGCCUGGAGCACGAGGAGGGGGCUCCCUGCACGGCCAUCCGGGAAGUGUCGCUGCUGAAGAACCUCAAACACGCCAACAUCGUCACCCUGCACGACAUCAUCCACACCGAGCGCUCCCUCACCCUCGUCUUCGAGUACCUGGACAACGACCUGAAGCAGUACCUGGAGAACUGCGGGAACCUGAUGAGCGUGCACAAUGUGAAGAUCUUCAUGUUCCAGCUGCUCCGUGGCCUGGCGUAUUGCCACGGCAGGAAAAUCCUGCACCGAGACCUCAAACCCCAAAAUCUACUCAUCAACGAGCGAGGGGAGCUCAAGCUGGCUGAUUUUGGGUUGGCCAGAGCCAAGUCGGUCCCCACAAAAACCUAUUCCAACGAGGUGGUGACGCUCUGGUACCGGCCCCCCGAUGUCCUGCUGGGAUCCACCGAGUAUUCCACGCCCAUCGACAUGUGGGCCCCCACUCUCCUGCAGUUUUCCCAUCACACCAAGGACCCCUGGCCGGUUUCCCUGUGCCCCCUCGCAGGAACCCCCACAGAGGACACCUGGCCCGGGAUAACAUCCAACGAGGAGUUCAAGGCUUACAACUUCAGCCAGUACCGAGCCCAGCCAUUGAUAAAUCACGCCCCGAGGCUGGACUCAGAAGGCAUCGACCUGCUGGCCAAUCUCCUCCUGUUCAGCACCAAGGGCCGGAUCUCAGCCGAGGCAGCCCUGCAGCACCCCUACUUCAGCAGCCUGGGAGAGCGCGUCCACCUCCUGCCCGACAACGCUUCCAUCUUCUCCCUGAAGGAGAUCCAGCUCCAGAGGGACCCCGGGCACCGAGGCUCAGCCUUCCAGCACUCAGCCCGAGGCAAGAACAGGAGGCAGAGUAUAUUUUAAACUCGGAUCUCGCGUUCCCCUCGUCGCCAUGGAGAUGGAAGCGCUGAGCAAGGAGAGGCUCCCAGCCGACCCUCCGCAGAAUUCCCGGCUCCAGCAGCACGAGGAUUUGGCUGUCCCCAAACCCCUGGGAGCUGCCCUCCAUGGACCUGUGGCCUUGUCCCCCCCUGGUUUUGGUGUUGUCCCCACGGCGAGGUGCUCCAGGGAGGAGCCGCCGGUCCCUGCGCUGCCCCGGGAGGGUUUGGGGGGCACAGGGCGGGGAUUUGUGGGGUUCGGCCCGGGCAGGAGGUGCUGAAAAUGCACCUUUGCUCAGCCAAGCUGCCCUGAACCCCCUGGUUUUUGGGGUUAGAACUGCCGGGCACUGCCCAGCCUGGCACUGGGAGCGCCUGGGGCACACCUGGGGCACACCUGGGCACACCUGGGGCACACCUGGGGCAUACCCGGGGCACACCUGGGCACACCUGGGGCAUACCCGGGGCACAGGAACCAGGCCAACCCCCCCCCCCAAAUUUCCCUCACCUCUGCCUGCAGAACCCCCUUUCCCCUCCCUGUUCUGGUACCUGAAUCCAGCUGAUCAUGGAGCAGCCGGAA